AAUUGGACAUGUAUAAAUAGCUAGCCCCUGCGUGAAUGCAAUGUGUGGAUGUGUAAGGCAAAACAGACUGGAGGCAGAGCUAAUAGCAUAUAUAGAGCUAAUACCAUCACAUCACUUGAUCUCUCCGAUCUCGCUCAUAUAUAUCGUCCUUUUUAGAGGAGAUCAUAUCGAUGGGCCGUUAUGCUUGGGGUGACUGGAAGCCUACGGCAACAAUGCUGUCCGUUGUUGUAGUGUUCGCCGUGCUCAACACACUGACGAAGAUGGCAUUCAACCAAGGGAUGCACACCAGUGUCCUCAUCACGCUUCGUCAGCUCACCGCCUUCCUCUUCCUCGCCCCAAUCGCCUACUACAGGGAGAGGAAGACAAGGCCUAAGAUGACACUUGAGAUCUUUGUGUAUCUCUUCUUCAGUGCAGUGCUUGGUGCCUCACUUACCCAGUGGCUGUUCUUCGUGGGGCUACGAUACACUACAGCAACAUUUGCAUGUGCCUUCAUCAACAUGACUCCCAUGUUCACUUUUCUUGUGGCACUUCCUUUUGGGAUGGAGAAACUGGACCUCAAGACCGGAGCCGGCAUAGCGAAGGUGAUUGGCACAACAGUAGGGUUCACAGGAGCGAUCCUGCUUGCACUCUACCAAGGUCCAUCACUGACCAAACCCUCACCACCACCUGCUGCACCCGGAGCAGCAAUGGCAGCUGCGGCGGGCCAUGGCGGUGGCGCACAUCAUCAAUGGGCGAUUGGGUCUGUGGCUUUACUUGCAGGCGCAGCAUGUUGGUCCUUUUGGUUCAUCCUUCAGUCAAGACUGGGGAAGAAGUACCCGGCACUCUACUCUGGGAAUGCCUUGAUGUUCUUGCUCAGCUUCCUUCAGAUGGCUGCUGUGGGGCUGGCCACUGAGAGGGACCUGUCAGUGUGGAUCCUCAGAACCAAGCUUCAGAUCAUCACUGUGCUCUUUGUGGGGGUAAUGGGGUCUGGAGUUGGUUUCUUGGCCAUGUCUUGGUGCAUCGAGCAAAGAGGCCCAGUCUUCACCACUGCAUUCACACCUCUGAUACAACUGAUAGCAGGUGCUAUCAACGUCGUCGCUCUCCAUGAACAGCUCCAUGUUGGAAGCGCCCUGGGCUCCGCUCUUGUAAUUGCUGGGUUAUACUUUGUCCUCUGGGCAAAGACAAAAGAGGCAUCAGAUGCUCCUCCUCCAUCGUCCAGCAAUAUUAAUGCACUAGACCAAGAGAAACCAAAGCAAGCAACGCAACAAAGAGAGGAUGUCUGAUGAUGAGCAAUCAUCAUAACUAACAGAAAAAAAAAAUUAAAGGGGAGGUGGUCUGAGUCGCUACGUACUAAUGGAAAGGAAGAUCUAGAAAAGGGGGAAAAAUUCAUUCUCUGAAAGAGAGACAAUGCAAGUAGUCAAGGUUAAUUUUGUAUGUGCUGCACAAACUGCAAACCCUUCUGCUGCAUCUACACGUACAUGUAAAGAAUGGCUCCCGGGCAAUGCAAGUGUGCAAUCGUUUUGGGCAAAUUAAACAAUGCAAGCUCGUUACUUUCU